AUGGAAUGUCGAGGAAGCUCUACCGCACCUGAUGGUGAAGUACUGGCUGCGAAAUUUUGCGAAUGGGUUACUGAAUGUGUAAAAAAUGCCGAUGAUGAAGACUGUAAUAUUUUAUUCAAUGCGCUGGAUGUUCUUGCCAAUAUCAGCUCUGGAGCAGGCAACACAAAGAUCUACAUUGUCAUUAUCAAUUGUCUAAAUGCAUUACCAUUGCCUGAGAAAAACCUGGUCUUUACGAGACGAUGUGCUGUUGUGCUACGAACCUAUCCUAAUGAUUCUAACAAAAUUAACAUGGAUCGCUUCGCUUCCACUGCUUCUGAGCCGGAAUUGCUUGGGCUUCUUUAUCGGCUCGAAGAUUCUGAUGUAGAGAUUAGUGGUUCAAUUUGGGAUGAAGCAGCGAAGCUUCUUGCUACAUCUAGGGCGGCGGAUGCAAAACUGGGCAGUUUUGUUGUGAAUCAGGUAAGUUUUUGAGA